GCGGUGCCGUACGGCUUUGGAAAGCACAUGAGCGACCUGCCGGCCGCGCACCAGCAGAGCGUCCUGCGGCUCAUAAUGGUGGCCUCGGCCACUUGGAGCGUCGGUGUCGCCUUCGCCAAGGCCUCCUUCGCCUGCCUCUACCUCCGCCUCACCUCGAACCGGUCCGUCGGCCACCUGAACCGGGCCGUCAUCGCCUUCCAGGCCGUCCAGGCGUCCGUCCAGGUCGCCUACAAGGGUUUUCAGUGCAUACCCAUGCAGAAGGCCUGGGACGCGAGCGUUCCGGGGUCGUGUGUCAGUUUGGUGCCCAUGUGGUGGAUGACGGUAUGCCACUGUUGCUAGUCUUGGAGCUCCAGCGUCUUCUGUCUGCUGUCUACUGACUGCCGCGUCCGUGGCAUGCCGCAUUGCCGUCGACGCCAAUAGUUUAUCUGCAACAUCUCCGUCGACCUCAUCCUGUUUAUCCAGCCGAUUCCAUACAUCUGGCAGCUCCAGCAAAUGUCGGCCGCCAAAAAGGCCGGUGUGAUCCUGAUGCUGUCCCUAGGGCUGUUCAUCUGCAUGAUAUCCGUAGUCAGGAUCUUACAAUCGGUUAGAACGGACAAUACAGACAUGUCUUGUAUGUUUGCCCAUCUGUCCCAAGGCCGGAGCGGG